UUGUGGAGAAACUCCACAUUCCACAAGCAAGCCAAGCCACUUAAUCCUCCCUGGCUGAUCUUCUUUCUUCUUCUGUUCAUUGCUCAACCCAAAACCCAAAGCUAACUUUCACAGCUUCCGAUGAAUUCCACAUUUUACAACCCAAACGGGACCCUCAAUUUCUCAGCUCAACUGCCAUCAAUCCUCCCAAAAGCAUUAACAUCAUGCAAAACACCCAGAGACUUGAAGCAACUCCACGCAAUUUUCAUCAAAACUGGUCAAAUUCAAGACCCUCUCACCGCCGCUGAAGUGAUCAAAUUCUGUGCAUUUUCAUCGCAACGCGAUAUCGAAUGUGCCCGCGCCGUAUUCCGCCAGAUGCCGGAGCCCAAUUGCUUCUGUUGGAACACCAUUUUGAGGGUUCUUGCUGAGACCAACGGCGAACAUCACCAAUCGGAGGCAUUGAUGCUCUUUCGCGCAAUGUUGUGCGAUGGGCGUGUGAAGCCCAAUCGGUUCACAUUCCCCUCCGUGUUGAAGGCCUGCGCUAGAGCUUCGAGGCUUCGAGAGGGGAAACAGGUACAUGGGUUGAUCGUGAAGUUUGGGUUUUAUGGGGAUGAGUUUGUAGUUAGUAAUCUUGUUCGGAUGUAUGUAAUGUGUGCGGUCAUGGAAGAUGCAUAUGCUCUGUUUUGUAAGAAUGUCGUUGAUUUUGAUGGGUCUUGUCAAGUGGAGUUAGAUAAGAGGAAACGAGAUGGGAAUGUUGUUCUGUGGAAUAUAAUGAUUGAUGGGAUGGUUAGAUUUGGGGAUUUAAAGAGUGCUAAGAACCUGUUCGACUCAAUGCCUCAAAGAAGUGUGGUGUCGUGGAAUGUGAUGAUAUCGGGGUAUGCACAAAAUGGGCAUUUCAUAGAGGCCAUAAACUUGUUUCAAGAAAUGCAAAGUUCCAAUAUUGAUCCAAACUAUGUGACUUUAGUGAGUGUUUUGCCUGCUAUUGCACGAAUUGGUGCACUAGAAUUGGGGAAAUGGAUCCAUUUAUAUGCGGGAAAGAAUGAAAUUGAGAUUGAUGAUGUGCUUGGUUCUGCUCUGGUGGACAUGUAUUCCAAAUGUGGGAGCAUUGAGAAGGCACUUCAGGUCUUUGAGAUGCUGCCUAAGAGAAAUGCCAUUACUUGGAGUGCCAUAAUCGGUGCAUUUGCGAUGCAUGGUCGUGCAGAGGAUGCAAUCAUUUACUUCCAUUUGAUGGGAAAAGCUGGCGUGAUGCCCAAUGAUGUUGCUUAUAUUGGAAUUUUGACUGCCUGCAGCCAUGUAGGGCUUGUGGAAGAGGGUAGAUCAUUCUUCAGCCACAUGGUUAAGGUGGUUGGGCUACAACCAAGAAUUGAACACUAUGGAUGCAUGGUUGAUUUACUAGGUCGUGCUGGGCGUCUGGAAGAGGCUGAGGAACUUAUCAAAAACAUGCCAAUCGAACCAGAUGAUGUAAUAUGGAAAGCUUUGCUUGGUGCUUGUAAAAUGCACAAGAACAUAGAAAUGGGUGAGCGUGUGGCUGAGACCUUAAUGGACUUGGCUCCUCAUGACAGUGGAUCCUAUGUUGCUCUGUCAAAUAUGUAUGCUUCUUUGGGAAAUUGGGAGGCGGUUGCAGGGGUGAGGUUGAAGAUGAAAGGGAUGGACAUUAGAAAAGACCCUGGAUGUAGUUGGAUUGAGAUCCAUGGCAUAAUCCAUGAGUUUCUUGUAGAAGAUGAUUCCCAUCCUAAAGCUAAAGAAAUUCAGGCCAUGUUGGAAGAAAUGUCCAUGAAAUUAAGGUUGAAUGGCUACAGGCCAAACACCUUAGAAGUGUUUCUCAAUACUGAUGAAGAAGACAAGGCAAGGGCCUUGCAGUAUCAUAGUGAGAAGAUUGCAAUUGCCUUUGGACUAAUCAGUACAGCUCCACAAUAUCCGCUUAAGAUCGUUAAGAACCUACGUAUAUGUGAAGACUGUCACGCUUCAGUAAAGCUUAUUUCCUUGAUUUACAAGCGUCAAAUCAUUGUGCGAGACCGAAAACGAUUCCAUCAUUUUGAACAUGGCUCAUGUUCAUGUAUGGAUUAUUGGUAACUUCUAGGGCAAAUGACCCUCGUCUUUUGCACAGAAAUAUAGAAGAUUGAAUUGUCAUUGUGAAGAUCAUAAGGAAAAGUCAGCCCUUUUCUGAUCAAUCAUUUGUCUCAUGGAAUGAUUUAUUUAUUUACUCGAGGCAUUUAGGAGAUCGCUCUACAAAUGAAGAUUUGUUGAUCAAAAUUAUUCACCAAAUUGCGUUAGUGAUUACUUACAUUAUAUUAUAACCGGGGCGUGAGGCAGCAUCAUACUAAUGGCUCGCCCCAACUAAUCAUCAAAGAGAAACUCUCGUGCUUACAUGAUACUGCACGCAAGAGAUUGAGCGGCUGAAGUGUUAUUUUGAGGCUGAAAUGAAGGCAAAAAAUCUAUCCAUGGGGUUAGGGAGAAACGAGAUUUUUCUCUGAGCCUAUUGGCUAAUUUUAGUUCUCGGGAAUUGUUGCUUAAUGAGGACUGAAUCAGCCCCCACCCCGAAGUCCGCUCCAAGAGACAAUGAGGAGCUUUACAAAUAUUCUAAGCCCUUACCAGUACAGUACCCAAGGGGUUCGGUGAUCUUACUUUUAAAUUCAGAUAUGCUCAGAAUCUAGAUGGGCAAUUUCUUGCCAACUGUUGCAUCUGAUGUUUACUAGAAAAAUAUACUUUUAAAAGUCUACCUCAUUGAAAAAUUAUUUGUUUCUGCUUUAUGUUGUCGAUCAUUGCUGAAUUAGUUCCUGUGCAUGUUAUUCCUUGACACUUUUCUCUGAGUACUGAUAAUUCUGUAUCAAUUCCAUCUCAUCAAAUAGGUAAUGAGGAUGCUUCCACCAUGCUGAACAAAAUCUAUCAAAAGAAAUAUUGUGUAGCUGAUUUCUGAAAUGAAGGGAAGCACAAAACCUGUGGGAAACACUUUUUUAGCGAAGGGAAAGCAACAAGCAUGAAGUUUUGACAUCAUUAUUCAGG